AUCCUUGCUUGUACAAUACAACACUUUCAAGCUACUCUCGCAAGAAUGAGACUGAUAAAGCAUGGGCUGAAAUUGGAAAAAUAAUGAAUAUGACAGGUGCCGCAUGCAAGGAAAAAUGGCGAAAUAUGCGUGUUGUUUAUAUGAGACACUUGAAACCUUUGCCAAGUGGUUCUGGAAGAAAAAAGAAGAAACCAUACUAUUUACUCGAUUACUUGCAUUUUUUAACACCAUAUGUAAAACCGGUGAUUCCGCACGAGGCAGGGAACUUGCCAUCUACUAGUUCAAGAGAGAAUACGACAACUGAUGUGUCAAACGAUGUGCCUACCGAGUUCGAGCAAUCUACUGAGCGCAGUAAUGUAGACGAGCCUAGCCCUCCUAGUACUCAUGAUGAUUCCGCUCAUCAUUCUUCCAACCCAAAGCGAAAGAAAUCUUCAUUGCACGAGACUGAUAAGCAUUUCAUUAAUUAUUUAAAACAGAAAUCUACUCGCAUAAAUGAAUCUCAGACGUCCACGGACUCUGUUAUGUCGUUUUUAAAUAGUCUCGCACCUGAAUUAAGAGAAAUGAAUCUGCAACAAUUCAAAUUAUUCAAGAGACGUGUACUAAACCUUAUUGAUGACAUAUUGAAUCCAACUCCUCCUACGCCUGAAAGUGCAGCAACGAGUGACUCAAUUACAUUAAAUAACGAAACGUCCUAUCAAACAAUAUAUUCUCCGAUAUCGCAGUAUACAGAGUAUGGUAGUCCUUCAUAUGCGCAACCAGUACCAACACCUAAUCCUCUGGACUUCAGCGGAGUAUCUACACAAACACCAUCAAAUUCUACAUCAGAAUACAAUCUUGUAAACCAAGACGGAGACCAAUUUAAUUUUAAUUAAAAUAUUUUGUGACAAAUAUUUGUGUUGUAAGAAGAAAACCAAUUUAAUUUUCAUUAAAAAUAAAUGUUUGUGUUCUUAUAAAUGGUAUAAAUAAAUAUUUUAAAUUAG